CAGACGGCGAUGAAAGUCCGGAUCCUGUUCAUAUGAGUUACGGCCUAGAUUGGCCGAACUUGACGAUCUAUGUUUCUUCGCGAAUACAACAAGACAGCACAACGUCAUGACAGGAUCUGUAGAAAAGGGGGCCUAUGGCCUAACAUCGCGCUUGAAGAGCAAGAAAUCUACCUACGUUGUUCAAAGAUAGAAUAUUAUGGUUGAACAGAAUCUAUCCCCGAAGCCUUCAUUGGCGUCUUCUCGUAAACACUCAUCUUCUUCACAAGAAGGAAAUAAUCCUGUUGAAAAGAGAGUAGACCAAGAUCAAAUCACCGGCGAUAUCGAAGCCACGGCAUAUAUUCCUGAUGAAAAUGCAUCAGAGACCGAUUACCCAACAGGCAUAAAGCUCAUCUCAAUUUCCGCUUCCCUCUGUCUCUGCACACUCCUCGUCGCCCUUGACGCUACGAUCCUCGCAACAGCCAUUCCUACUAUAACCUCCCAGUUCAAUAGUCUCAGUGACGUUGCCUGGUACAACUCUGCACUCCUACUCACCACCUCCGCAUUUCAGAUCCCCUACGCGCGCGCCUACACGCUCCUCUCUACGAAAUACACCUUCCUCUUCUCCGUCCUGGUCUUCGAGAUUGGAAGCGCAGUAUGUGGUGCCGCGCCGAACUCUACAGCUCUGAUCAUCGGACGAGCGGUGCAGGGCGUGGGUGGAGCAGGAAUCUUCGCGGGGUGUUUCAUCAUCAUCAGCCAGACGGUGCCCUUGAGGCGGAGAAGUAUAUUUGCUGGGCUAUUGGGCGCGAUGUUUGGGAUUGCCAGUGUGGUGGGACCGUUGAUCGGGGGCGCAUUCACAACAGGGGUGAGCUGGAGGUGGUGUUUUUAUAUCAAUCUCCCACUUGGCGCGAUCGCAUUUGCUGUUGUCUGGUUCAUCCUACCGGCAGAACUUGGAAAGACUCCAGAGAGCUUCAAAGGAAAGAGGUGGUGGGAGGUGCUAUAUCGUUUUGAUCCAAUCGGGACGGUCCUGUUUCUUGGUUCCAUCAUCUCUCUGCAAUUGGCGAUACAAUGGGGCGGGCUUUUGUACCCGUGGAGUGAUGCUCGAGUCAUUGCUACGUUAGUGGUAUUCGGUGUUCUAUUCAUCAUAUGGGUCCUUGUGCAGUGGCGAGAAGGAGACAAUGCGACUGUCCCGAAGGAUGUGGUUACUCAGAGGAGCGUGGCCGGGGCAGUCCUUUACUCCAUGAUAUCUGCAGGUGCUUUCACGAUUGUGGUGUACUAUAUGCCAAUCUGGUUUCAGGCUAUCAAGGGAGACGAUGCAGUUGAAUCUGGGAUACAUCAACUUCCCAUCAUUCUCAGCUUCGUUGUUUUUUCGAUAUCGGCUGGUGGACUUGUUGCUGCCGUCGGGUACUACGUGCCAUUCCUCAUUCUCGGCUCUAUUUUAGCGUCGAUCGGCGCCGGACUCCUCAUGACACUGAAACCACAUGCAGCAACUGGAGAAUGGAUCGGAUAUCUCAUCCUAUUUGGGGCUGGCAUCGGCAUGUCAAUGGAACAAUGUAACGUCGCCAUACAGACCGUCUUACCACAAGAGCGUAUUCCUGCCGGCACGAGUCUCGCUGUCUUCGCUCGCUCCUUUGGAGGAUCUCUAGGUGCAGCUAUUGGUCAGAAUGUGUUCGAGAAGAGACUCAACGAGAACCUUGCUAACGUACUGCCGAACCUUGACAAGUCUAUUGUGAGUGGCAGCGGUGCGACUAACCUCAUCGCGAAUGUUCAAGCUAUCUCAGGCGGAGAUCAAGGUUUGGUCGGGCAAGUGUUGGAAUUGUACAAUAAUGGCAUUACGCAAGCGUUCCUGGCGGCGUUGAUAUUGGCUGCUAUGUCACUGUUGCCGGCACUGCUCGUUGAGUGGAAGAAUGUGAAGAAGGAGAAGAGAGCGCAGGACGAUGCAAAAAUGAAGAACAAGUCAAAAGUGGAGAGCGGGACAGAGGAAAAAUAAUUGCUAAGGAAAGCGAUAGAUCCUAUAUUCUGUUGUUUCUUUUGUACGCUGUAUACCCGUAGAAGUAAGAAGAG